AUGGCUCGGUUGCCUGCCAUGUUUGGGGCCAGCAUGUUAGCGGGUUUGGCAUACAUCCAGUACCAGGCUGCACAGGCGGGGAAUGCUGCGAUGGACUUUUUAAAAAGAGCCGGAGAGACAGUCACCGACACAUCAACGAGUCUGUUUAGCGGAGCCAAAGACAUUGCGGAUCAGAUUGGGACUGGCUGGCAGCGGACAAAAGACGAGGCACAGUGGCCUGAGUGGUUACAAAACCUCUUGGAGAAGGGCGAAGGCUCUGGUGACGGUGGCUCCGAACCCGAAGGGCCCGAUCAUUCGAAGGCUGCUGCUGCGGUCGCUGCUUCUGGGGCCGCUCUUGGACUCGAACAAUCGGACGAGGAAGACGAACGCUCAGAUCCGGAAGCCGCUAGAGAUGACCAGAUGAUGGUUCUCACGAGGAAGAUGAUCGAAAUUCGAAGCAUAUUGAACACUGUCGGCCAAGGAGGUGCUCUGACUCUCCCGUCGAUCGUGGUUAUUGGGUCUCAGUCAUCAGGAAAGAGUUCAGUGCUAGAGGCCAUUGUCGGCCAUGAAUUUCUACCCAAGGGAUCAAACAUGGUGACCCGGCGACCCAUCGAGCUCACCCUUAUUAAUACACCGGACGCAAAGGCAGAGUAUGGCGAAUUCCCUGCUCUGGGCUUGGGCAAGAUCACCGACUUCUCUCAGAUCCAGCGCACACUCACCGACCUUAAUCUGGCCGUCCCCGCCGAACAGUGCGUUACAGACGACCCCAUUCAACUUUCGAUUUACUCUCCGAAUGUUCCUGAUCUGUCUCUGAUUGAUCUCCCGGGCUAUAUCCAAGUGUCAGGGAAAGACCAACCACCAGAACUGAAGCAGAAGAUCUCCGACUUGUGCGAUAAAUACAUCCAACCACCAAAUGUUAUCUUAGCUAUCUCGGCCGCCGACGUUGAUUUAGCUAAUUCUACGGCACUAAGAGCCAGCCGAAGGAUCGACCCACGCGGUGAGAGGACAAUCGGCGUAAUCACAAAAAUGGAUCUCGUUGAUCCAAUCCGAGGCGCCGAAAUUCUCUCCGAUCGCAAGUACCCUCUACGGCUGGGAUAUGUUGGUGUUGUAUGCAAAAUACCACAAACUGCCAGUUUGUUCUCUCGUCCCAAUCAAAACGUGACAAGCGCCAUUGUCAAGAACGAAAACGCUUAUUUCUCUGCACAUCCUCUGCAAUUUGGUCCUCACACAGAACUGGAAGUUGGUACGCCCACUUUACGGCACAAGUUGAUGCAUGUCCUAGAACAGACCAUGGCAAACAGUCUCGCAACCACUCGAGACGCCAUAAUCCAGGAACUAGAGGAGGCCACGUACGAAUUCAAGGUUCAGUACAACGAUCGACCCCUCAGCGCCGAAUCAUACCUUGCUGAAAGCUUGGAUAGCUUCAAACAUUCCUUCAAGGAGUUUAGUGAGCAGUUUGGCAGACCACAGGUUCGGAUGCUGUUGAAGGAGGUGCUCGACCAAAAGGUGAUGGAUGUCCUCGCCAAGAGAUAUUGGAACAGACCUAUCGAGGAUCUCUCUCCCGUGCAGUCUGAAGCAGAUCCUAUAACGGAGUUACCAAAAGCCGACCCCGGCUCGCUGUACUGGCAGAGAAAGCUCGAUGCUUCAACAUCUGAGCUCACAAAACUUGGUGUGGGAAGAUUGGCGACCACCGUUGUUGCCGCAGAGCUUCAGAGCCACGUGGACAAGUUGAUCGCCUCGUCGACAUUUGCUGCGCACCCUUAUGCACAGAGAGCUAUUGUGGACGCCUCAUCCAGUAUCCUCAAUGAUCGCUUCUACAGUACCAGCGAUCAGGUGGAGAAUUGUAUCAAGCCAUUCAAAUUCGAGAUUGAGGUGGAAAACAACGAAUGGGCUAAAGGUCGAGAGAACAUUGGCCACGUGCUAAAGACUGAACUGAAAGCCUGUGAGUCGGCCCAGCGGCAAUUGGAAGACAGUAUAGGCAGGAGAAAACUCAAGGAUGUCAUGGGCUUCAUCGACCGUGUUCGGAAGGGAGAAGUCGUGCUCGAAGGAGACGGCGCAGGUGGAGCUGGGGGUUUUUCAUCGGCCUUAUUACAACGAGGCCGGGAAGCUGUCUUCCUCCGCGACCGAGCCGAAAUCAUCAAGAUGCGGCUCAUGGCUGUCAAGUCAAAGCAAUGUUCCAACCUCAAGAACAAAUAUUAUUGUCCUGAAGUGUUUUUGGACGUCGUUGCCGACAAAUUGACUUCUACUGCUGUGCUCUUCCUCAACGUCGAGCUCCUCUCGGAAUUCUACUACAACUUCCCACGAGAAUUGGACAUUCGGCUCGGGCGACACCUCAGCCAAGCCGAAAUUGAGCGGUUCGCUCGCGAAGAUCCCCGCGUCCGCAAGCACCUGGAUGUCAUCAACCGCAAGGAGAAGCUUGAACUUGUGCUCGAGAAGAUUGAGAGUUUGCGGCAAUUGGAAGGGCGGACAAAGCAGCAUUCCAAGGUACCGCCGGUCGCCAAGGAGAGAGGUCGAUGGAGUUUGUUUUAG